AUGUAUUUCCUCUUGUUAAUAAAAUAACAAUAGGCUACUAUAUCACAACAUUAUAGCAUAGCAGGCCUGUGGCUAUAUACAGCGUUAUAUAUUUUGUUGGCUAUGUGUAAUGGGUGACGAAUAUCAGUGUAGUUCCUUUGUUGCAGAUGCUGAUAAAACCCAUAUUGUUUCAUAAAGAAAAAUAGGUAGCUACACUACAUGUGUAUAUAUGGACACCUGAUCAUCGAACGUCUCAUUCCAAAAUCAUGGGCAUUAAAAUUGACUUUGUCCCCGCUUUGCUGUAAUAACAGCCUCCACUCUUCUGGGAAGGCAUUUCACUAAAUGUUGGAAAAUUGCUGUGAGGACUUGCUUCCAUUCAGCCACAAGAGCAUUAGAGGUCGGGCACUGAUGUUGGGCGAUUAUGCCUGGCUCGCAGUCGGCAUUCCAAUUCAUCCCAAAGGUGUUCGAUUGAGUUGAGGUCAGGGCUCUGUGCAGUCAAGUUCUUCCACACUGAUCUCAAUAAACCAUUUCUGUAUGCAUUAUGUGUGCACCUCAUUGUGCACUCGGGCAUUGUCAUGCUGAAACAGGAAAGGGCCUUCCCCAAACUUUGCCACAAAGUUGGAGGCACAUAAUUGUCUAGCAUGUCAUUGUAUGCUGUCAGUUAAGAUUUCCCUUCAUUGGAACUAAGGGGCCUAGCCCGAACCAUGAAAAACAGCCCCAGACCAUUUUUCCUCCUCCACCAAACUUUACAGUUGGCACUAUGCAUUGGGGCUUGUGGUGUUCUCCUGGCAUCCGCCAAAAGCCAGAUUCGUCGGUCAGACUGCCAGAUGGUGAGCUUUACACCACAUGGUGAUCUUAGGCUUGUGUGCAGCUGCUUGGCUGCUUGGGAAUCCCAUUUCAAGAAGCUCCCGAACAGUUGUGUUGCUGAUGUUGUGUAAACAGUAUAGACUUUACGUCCGUCCCCUCGCCCCGACCUGGGCGCGAACCAGGGACGCUCUGCACACGUCAACAGUCACCCUCAAAGCAUCGUUACCCAUCGCUCCACAAAAGCCGCAGCCCUUGAACCACUACUUCAAGGUCUCAGAGCAAGUGACGUCACCGAUUGAAAUGCUAUUUAGCGCCCACCACCGCUAACUAGCUAGCCGUUUCACAUCCGUUACAGUUGCAUCCAGAGGCUGUUUGGAACUUGGUAGUGAGUGUUGCAACCAAGGACAGACAAUUCUUUAUGUGCUAUUCACUUCAGCACUAGGCUGUCCCUUCUGUGAGCUUGUGUGGGGCCUACCACUUCGCGACUGAGUCAUUGUUACUUCUAGACGUUUCCACUUCACCAUAACAGCACUUACAGUUGACCGGGACAGCUCUAGCAGGGUAGAAAUUUGACGAACUCACUUGUUGGAAAGGUGGCAUCCUAUGAUGGUGCCACGUUGAAAGCCACUGAGCUCUUCAGUAAGGCCAUUCUACUUCCAAUGUUUGGUGAUUGCAUGGCUGUGUACUCGAUUUUAUACACCUGUAAGCAACAGGCGUGGCUGAAAUAGCCAAAUCAACUAAUUUGAAGGGGUGUCCACAUACAUUUGUGUAUAUAGUCUAUGUGUAGAUGGCACGGUGUUCCUCAAUAUAAUGGUGUUUAGCCUACCCGCAAAUUGAUAGAUGCACAACUUUUGCUUUUAAAAACUAAUAGGUAGAAGAGAGGAUGCUGCAGUAGUGCUCAUAUGAAUGGUGAUUUUAUUUCUUAUUAUUGUUAGCACUGGAAAGCGUGGGCCUCUAAAAGUUCAGUGUUUCGUGCCAGAACUGAGGGGAGAUGGACAAAAGGCAGGUUCAAGUAGAAGGUAGGCAGUCCAGAUGCCAAACUCCCCGCCUUCAAGGUGUGGUCUUUGUGAUGGCACAACAUGGUCAGAGCAGGAUGAGAAGGUUGCAUUCUGUUUUAAACAGAUGACCUGCCUGGUAGACCAGACAAGAGCAGCAUCAACAUCAAGACGAACCCUCCCUGUUGACAGCAUGAGUCUUCAGAGCUCAAAGAAUGUGCUGGAUGGAGGUUGGGGAUGGGUCAUUGUUGUGGCCUGCUUCGUGGCCCAGUUCCUGGCCUACGGCUCCCCCCAGUCCGUGGGCGUCCUGUACCCGGAGUGGCUUCACGCCUUCCAGGAGGGGAAAGGCAUGACAGCCUGGGUUGGCUCCCUGGUCUCUGGAGUGGGACUCAUAGCCAGUCCGGUCUGCAGUGCCUGUGUGGAUAACUUUGGGGCGCGCCCUGUGACCAUCUUCAGUGGGGUCAUGGUGGCAGGGGGCCUGAUGCUCAGUGCCUUCGCUCCUAACGUCCAGUUCCUCAUCUUCUCUUACGGGAUCGUCGUCGGUCUUGGCUGCGGUCUUGUCUAUGCUGCCACAUUGACCAUCACCUGUCAGUACUUUGACAAGAGACGUGGCCUCGCCCUCGGCAUAGUCACCACAGGCACAAGUGUGGGAGGGUUCCUCUAUGCCACAGCUCAGAAUGAACUGAUUCUUCUCUUUGAUCUGGAUGGCUGCCUGCUGAUCAUCGGGGCCUUGGCCCUCAACCUCAUGGCCUGUGCCGGCUUCAUGAGGCCUCUGAACAUGCCUGCCUAUUACCUCAAACAAAAGGCUGCUCUGGAGCGCACAGAGGAGCAGCUCUUUGAGAACCCGCCUGCUGACGACUUCAAGACUACACCAGGCACCUUGACGGUCAAGGAUCUCCUGAUCAUCAUUGACGCCAAAGACAUCACCAUCACUACAACUAGCAAAAAAGGGGGCUUCGUGGCAGGUUCAGCCAUUGUGAAAAUUAUCAAGGAGAAGCGUCAGGCCUACUCAAAGUACAUGCACUCCACAGCUGAUUUCCUGCACGACAGAAUCUUCAUGGCCCUCUGCAUCGCCAUCUUCCUGUUUAGCCUGGGAGCCUUCCCUCCAGUCCUCUUCAUGGAGGACGUGGCCAUGAGUGAGGGCCUCAUCGACGAGGUCAGCAUCAUCCCCCUGGUUUCCAUUGUAGCAGUCACUGCCGGCAUGGGCAAGCUGACCCUGGGCAUACUAGCAGACGUGAGGUGGAUCAACAGUCUGUUCCUGUAUGCCUUCACCCUGCUGGGGACUGGGGCAGCCCUUCUCCUCAUCCCUAUCUCCAAGAGCUAUGUAGGCCUGCAGAUCCUCUCAGCUGUGGUGGGCUUCUUCUCUGGGAACUGGUCCCUAACAUCAUACAUCACCACCAAGAUCGUGGGGCUGGACAAACUGACCCAAGCCCAUGGGAUCCUCAUGUUCUUCGGUGGAUUCGGGAUCGUGCUCGGGCCCCCUGUUGUUGGGUGUUUUUUUGACUGGACCCAGUCCUAUGACCUGGCCUUUUACUUCAGUGGAUGCUCUGUGCUCCUGGGUGGGGUCACACUCUUUCUAUGUGCUCUGCCCCGGUGGGACAAAAAGAAGGCUGAUAUCGACAGGUUCGACAUUCAGUACACCAGCAACUGUGACAAAGUUGCCUCUGUAGCCUGAACACCAACUUUCACAUCAACCUUGCUCUACAGUGUUCCCAGGAAUCUUUGCUGAUAAAUGUUAUACCCUUCAAGAGGUUGUUGAGAAGUAUUCCUAGUGCCGGAUUUCACAUACCUGAGAAGAGUAUUGAAGAAGAUUUGGCCUUUUCUAUACAUCUUUAGUGUUUUUAAGACUUCUUGCAUUAUACUACAGAAUUUUGAAAGAUCCCUAUGUUGAACAUUGUAAUUACGGUCUCAUUUUAAGAGGCCUAUUCAACUAAAUGUUUUUUAAACAAAUGAAUGCUGUUUUUUUACAUUUCCGGAUCUUCACUGGGCUCAAAUGGAAUAUACUUGUGUACUUUGCCUGUGAGAAUUGACCAGGUAUUUCCUCUAGGGAAAAAUACAGGGAUUGGGGAAAAAACAAGGGAAUGUACUCUUUUUAAUUCUAGCCGAACAAACUGUUUGUUUCUAUCUUACCAAAGCACCAGGAUGGUGGAUGCCUGUCAACAUGUUAUGCCUGAUGAAUACAAGCAUUGCUUUUAAAGGAUAGAUGGAUCUUGAUUUUAAAUUCAUUGGCAUUGUGCUGUAUUUUGCUUGUACUGUCCAAACGUGUUUGUUUGAGUUCGGGAGGUACUGAACACCUCAUUUUGUCUUGACCUGACUAAGAACUUGCUGAAGAAUAUGCUGUGCAAAUACCAGAGACUGUACUGGAAUAAAGCCCAGUUCCUCUAAUGCAUGCUGGUUCUGUGUGGCAUGACCGGUUUCCUGCAUUUGUUCAGCAGAUUGGUUCAAAUCUGUUUUUUCUGUCUUUGUUUUUUGUUUUUUAACAGCACUAUAUUUUGUAGUUAUGAUUUUAUAUUUUUAAAUAAUUGAAUGAUUGUGAUUCCUGCUUUGUUAGUCACUUGAACAUCUGAUUUUUGUAUGUAAACUGUACCACACUAUAUAAUAUUGUUUUAUUCUCAGUCAAGCGUCUUUGUAGAAGUAUUUACAGGGUAUAAAAUACAAAAUAUCUGUGAUCCAAAAAGGCUAGAAACAGUAGAGCUGUCACUUUUUAUAUGAUGUUGGACCACUUUCUUAUAAUUUUUUUAAUGUCAGUGUUACAGAUUUAUGUUUGCAAUAUUUCUCUUCUAUUUUGUUAUUUUCAACAAAAGUGCCAAUAAAAUGAAAUUCAAUAUUGUGA